AUGAUUACGCCUCAAGAUGGACUCCAAAGAAACAAAAUAAAACAAUCAGAAUUCUUUGAAUAUUUGUCGGCAAGGAAAACGACCGUAACGAACGCCUAUUUCCACUAUUUGAAAAAUAACGCAAAAAAAAAUACAGCUUCCCAUGAAUUAUUGCAAAGUUAUAACUUUUCCCAUUUAAAAAAGAAACAUAUCUUUUUAUCAAACAACAUAACGAAGCCCAUUAUUAGAGCGGGAUUUUUAAAUAUUAUGGUCACCAAAAAUAUUAUAAGUGCUUCACAAUUACAAUCAAUUACAAGAACCAAACGUUAUAUGAGAGGAGAAAACUUAGUAUUAAAAGCAAGAAACCAAAUAAUAUUACGAGAUCAGACGACCCCAAUGAAUAAUACCGUCAUGGAACUAUCAACUUCGGAUUCAACAUCAACGUGCGAAUUAUGUUCAGAACUAUCUUCUACCUCGGAGGAAGAUUAUUCGCCUUGCGAACUUUGUACUGAGUUUACUGGAUUAACCAGUUCUUAUUCCUCUUCCGAGGAACCCUGUGAUGAAUGUUCGGAAUAUGCAUCAGUAACUUCUAGUAUACGAUAUCCAAACUCAUCAUAUAUGCACCCAAAAACCUCGAUGGAUACAACAAUAAUUCCAGAGUCGCCUUGCGAACUUUGUACUGAGUUAACUGGAUUAACCAGUACAUAUUCCUCUUCCGAUGAAGCCUGUGAUGAAUGCUCGGAAUUUGUAUCAGUAACUUCUAGUAUACGAUAUCCAAACUCAUCAUAUAUGCACCAAAAAACCUCGAUGGAUACAACAAUAAUUCCAGAGUCGCCUUGCGAAUUUUGUACUGAGUUAACUGGAUCAACCAGUACACAUUCAACUUCCGAUGAAGCCUGUGAUGAAUGCUCGGAAUUGAUAUCAAUAACUUCUAAAAUUGGUCAAACAGCUCGAAAAGAAUUUAGCGAACUAUUUAAAUCUCAAUCAAGUGCAAUAUCAACAGGUCAGUUUGAACAGUCAAGUGUUCCUGCAUGUAAUUGUACCUGCCAAAUAAAGAAGGGAAUGGACUCAUGCAUCUGCGAAUGUAUUUUUAAAAGCAGCACUUCGGAAAGCACGAACGGUGUAACAGAAAGUGCAUUUGAGCAGUCAACAGUAAACCAAUCAAAUCAAUACAGUACAUCUAGAAGUUCAUUUCAGAGUUAUAGUACAGAGAAAUUCCAAAUAGUUUCAGAGGAGAAUUCAAAACUGUCGGAAUCUCCGCCUAAAUCAAGUACAACAUCAGGCAAAAUUGGUCAAACAGCUCGAAAAGAAUUUAGCGAACUAUUUAAAUCUCAAUCAAGUGCAAUAUCAACAGGUCAGUCUGAACAGUCAAGUGUUCCUGCAUGUGAUUGUACCUGCCAAUUAAAGAAGGGAACGGACUCAUGCAUCUGCGAAUGUAUUUUUAAAAGCAGCACUUCGGAAAGCACGAAAGAAAUUGGUCAAACAGCUCGAAAAGAAUUUAGCGAACUAUUUAAAUCUCAAUCAAGUGCAAUAUCAACAGGUCAGUCUGAACAGUCAAGUGUUCCUGCAUGUGAUUGUACCUGCCAAUUAAAGAAGGGAACGGACUCAUGCAUCUGCGAAUGUAUUUUUAAAAGCAGCACUUCGGAAAGCACGAAAGGUGUAACAGAAAGUGCAUUUGAGCAGUCAACAGUAAACCAAUCAAAUCAAUACAGUACAUCUAGAAGUUCAUUUCAGAGUUAUAGUACAGAGAAAUUCCAAAUAGUUUCAGAGGAGAAUUCAAAACUGUCGGAAUCUCCGCCUGAAUCAAGUACAACAUCAGGCAGUUCGCUUCAAAUUUUGACUACACUUAAAGAUCGAGUAACUGAAAAUGAAAUUAAUAAAAUAUCGGAAUCUCUGCCUCAAUCGAGUACAAUAUCAAGUACAUCAUUUGAAAUUUCUAGUACAGGAAAAUACUCUAUUCCACGAGAGGAAGAAUCAAAGAAGUUGGAAUCUCCGCUUCAAUUAAGAACAACAUCCGGAAGUUUAUUUAAAAUUUCGACUACAGCAAAAGAUCAAAUAACUCAAGAGGAACUUACUGAGAAAUCGCAAUCUCUAACUCAAUCGAGAACAAUAUCAAGUAGAUCAUUUGAAAUGUCUAGUACCGUAAAAUACGAAUCACCUACAGAAGAAACAGGAAGAUGGUCGGAGCCUUCACCACAAUUAAGUUUUAUAUCAGGACAAUCUUUUAAAAUUUCAAGCUCAAAAAAAUUCCAAAUAACUUCGGCAGUAAAAAGUAAACCAUCAAAAUAUCCGACACCUAAUAUGUCGGUUACAGAAAUUGGUCAAACAGCUCGAAAAGAAUUUAGCGAACUAUUUAAAUCUCAAUCAAGUGCAAUAUCAACAGGUCAGUCUGAACAGUCAAGUGUUCCUGCAUGUGAUUGUACCUGCCAAUUAAAGAAGGGAAUGGACUCAUGCAUCUGCGAAUGUAUUUUUAAAAGCAGCACUUCGGAAAGCACGAAAGGUGUAACAGAAAGUGCAUUCGAGCAGUCAACAGUCAACCAAUCAAAUCAAUACAGUACAUCUAGAAGUACAUUUCAGAGUUAUAGUGCAGAGAAAUACCAAAAAGUUUCAGAUGAAAAAACAAAACUGCCGGAAUCUCCGCCUGAAUUUAGUACAACAUCAGGCAGUACACUUCAAAUUUUGACUACACUUAAAGAUCGAAUAACUGAAAAUGAAAUUAAUAAAAUAUCGGAAUCUCUACCUCAGUCGAGUACAAUAUCAAGCACAUCAUUUGAAAUUUCUAGUACAGGAAAAUACUCAAUUUCACCAGAGGAAAAAUCAAAGAAGUUGGAAUCUCCACUUCAAUCAAGAACAUCAUCCGGAAGUUUAUUUAAAAUUUCGACUUCAGCAAAAGAUCGAAUAACACAAGAGGAACUUACUGAAAUAUCACAAUCUCUACCUCAAUCAAGUACAAAAUCAAGUAGAUCAUUUGAAAUUUCUAGGACGGAAAAAUACGAAACACCAACAGAAGAAACAGCAAGAUGGUCGGAGCCUUCACCACAAUUAAGUUCUAUAUCAGGACAGUCUUUUAAAACUUCAAGCUCAAAGAAAUUCCAAAUAACUUCGGCAGUAAAAAGUAAACCAUCAAAAUAUCCAACACCUAAUAUGUCGGAUACAGAAGUUGAUCAAACAGCUCGAAAAGAAUUUAGCGAACUAUUUAAAUCUCAAUCAAGUGCAAUAUCAACAGGUCAGUCUGAACAGUCAAGUGUUACUGCAUGUGAUUGUACCUGCCAAUUAAAGAAGGGAAUGGACUCAUGCAUCUGCGAAUGUAUUUUUAAAAGCAGCACUUCGGAAAGCACGAAAGGUGUAACAGAAAGUGCAUUCGAGCAGUCAACAGUCAACCAAUCAAAUCAAUACAGUACUUCUAGAAGUACAUUUCAGAGUUAUAGUGCAGAGAAAUACCAAAAAGUUUCAGAUGAAAAAACAAAACUGCCGGAAUCUCCGCCUGAGUCAAGUACAACAUCAGGCAGUUCGCUUCAAAAUUUGACUACACUUAAAGAUCGAGUAACUGAAAAUGAAAUUAAUAAAAUAUCGGAAUCUCUGCCUCAAUCGAGUACAAUAUCAAGAACAUCAUUUGAAAUUUCUAGUACAGGAAAAUACUCUAUUCCACCAGAGGAAGAAUCAAAGAAGUUGGAAUCUCGAAUUCAAUCAGGAACAUCAUCCGGAAGUUUAUUUAAAAUUUCGACUUCAGCUAAAGAUCAAAUAACUCAAGAGGAACUUACUGAAAUGUCGCAAUCUCUACCUCAAUCGAGAACAAUAUCAUUUGAAAUGUCUAGUACGGAAAAAUACGAUACACCUACAGAAGAAACAGCACGAUGGUCGGAACCUUCACCACAAUCAAGUUCUAUAUCAGGACAGUCUUUUAAAACUUCAAGCUCAAAGAAAUUCCAAAUAACUUCGGCAGUAAAAAGUAAACCAUCAAAAUAUCCAACACCUUAUAUGUCGGUUACAGAAAUUGGUGAAACAGCUCGAAAAGCAUUUAGCGAACUAUUUAAAUCUCAAUCAAGUGCAAUAUCAACAGGUCAGUCUGAACAGUCAAGUGUUCCUGCAUGUGAUUGUACCUGCCAAUUAAAGAAGGGAAUGGACUCAUGCAUCUGCGAAUGUAUUUUUAAAAGCAGCACUUCGGAAAGCACGAAAGGUGUAACAGAAAGUGCGUUCGAGCAGUCAAAUGUGAACCAAUCAAAUCAAUACAGUACAUCUAGAAGUUCAUUUCAGAGUUAUAGUACAGAGAAAUUCCAAAAAGUUUCAGAUGAAAAACUAAAACUGACGGAAUCUCCGCCUGAGUCAAGUACAACAUCAGGCAGUUCGUUUCAAAAUUUGACUACACUUAAAGAUCGAGUAACUGAAAAUGAAUUUAAUAAAAUAUCGGAAUCUCUGCCUCAAUCGAGUACAAUAUCAAGUACAUCAUUUGAAAUUUCUAGUACAGGAAAAUACUCUAUUCCACCAGAGGAAGAAUCAAAGAAGUUGGAAUCUCCGAUUCAAUCAGGAACAUCAUCCGGAAGUUUAUUUAAAAUUUCGACUGCAGCUAAAGAUCGAAUAACUCAAGAGGAACUUACUGAAAUAUCGCAAUCUCUACCUCAAUCAAGUACAAUAUCAAGAAUUGGUCAAACAGCUCGAGAAGAAUUUAGCGAACUAUUUAAAUCAAGUGCAAUAUCAGCAGGUGUAACAGAAAGUGCAUUCGAGCAGUCAACAGUAAAGCAAUCAAAUCAAUACAGUACAUCUAGAAGUUCAUUUCAGAGUUAUAGUACAGAGAAAUACCAAAAAGUUUCAGAUGAAAAAACAAAACUGCCGGAAUCUCCGCCUGAGUCAAGUACAACAUCAGGCAGUUCGCUUCAAAUUUUGACUACACUUAAAGAUCUAGUAACUGAAAAUGAAAUUAAUAAAAUAUCGGAAUCUAUGCCUCAAUCGAGUACAAUAUCAAGAACAUCAUUUGAAAUUUCUAGUACAGGAAAAUACUCUAUUCCACCAGAGGAAGAAUCAAAGAAGUUGGAAUCUCCGCAUCAAACAAGAACAUCAUCCGGAAGUUUUUUUAAAAUUUCGACUUCAGCUAAAGAUCAAAUAACUCAAGAGGAACUUACUGAAAUGUCGCAAUCUCUACCUCAAUCGAGAACAAUAUCAUUUGAAAUGUCUAGUACGGAAAAAUACGAAACACCUACAGAAGAAACAGCACGAUGGUCGGAACCUUCACCACAAUCGAGUUCUAUAUCAGGACAGUCUUUUAAAACUUCAAGCUCAAAGAAAUUCCAAAUAACUUCGGCGGUAAAAAGUAAACCAUCAAAAAAUCCAACAUCUAAUAUGUCGGUUACAGAAAUUGGUCAAACAGCUCGAUUAGAAUUUAGCGAACUAUUUAAAUCUCAAUCCAGUGCAAUAUCAACAGGUCAGGUUGAACAGUCAAGUAUUCCUGCAUGUGAUUGUACCUGCCAAUUAAAGAAGGGAAUGGACUCAUGCAUCUGCGAAUGUAUUUUUAAAAGCAGCGCUUCGGAAAGCACGAAAGGUAUAACAGAAAGUGCAUUCGAGCAGUCAACAGUCAACCAAUCAAAUCAAUACAGUACAUCUAGCAGUUCAUUUCAGAUGUAUAGUACAGAAAAAUACCAAAUAGUUUCAGAUGAAAAAACAAAUCUGCCGGAGUCUCCGCCUGAGUCAAGUGCAACAUCAGGCAAAUCGCUUCAAAUUUUGACUACACUUAAAGAUCGAGUAACUGAAAAUGAUAUUAAUAAAAUAUCGGAAUCUCUGCCUCAAUCGAGUACAAUAUCAAGAACAUCAUUUGAAAUUUCUAGUACAGGAAAUUCAGCUAAAGAUCAAAUAACUCAAGAGGAACUUACUGAAAUAUCGCAAUCUCUACCUCAAUCGAGAACAAUAUCAAGUAGAUCAUUUGAAAUGUCUAGUACGGAAAAAUACGAAACACCUACAGAAGAAACAGCACGAUGGUCGGAACCUUCACGACAAUCAAGUUCUAUAUCAGGACAGUCUUUUAAAACUUCAAGCUCAAAGAAAUUCCAAAUAACUUCGGCGGUAAAAAGUAAAUCAUCAAAAUAUCCAACACCUAAUAUGUCGGUUACAGAAAUCGGUCAAACAGCUCGAAAAGAAUUUAGCGAACUAUUUAAAUCUCAAUCAAGUGCAAUAUCAACAAGUCAGUUUGAAGAGUCAAGUGUUCCUGCAUGUGAUUGUACCUGCCAAUUAAAGAAGGGAAUGGACUCAUGCAUCUGCGAAUGUAUUUUUAAAAGCAGCACUUCGGAAAGCACGAAAGGUGUAACAGAAAGUGCGUUCGAGCAGUCAAAUGUGAACCAAUCAAAUCAAUACAGUACAUCUAGAAGUUCAUUUCAGAGUUAUAGUACAGAGAAAUUCCAAAAAGUUUCAGAUGAAAAACUAAAACUGACGGAAUCUCCGCCUGAGUCAAGUACAACAUCAGGCAGUUCGCUUCAAAAUUUGACUACACUUAAAGAUCGAGUAACUGAAAAUGAAAUUAAUAAAAUAUCGGAAUUUUUGCCUCAAUGGAGUACAAUAUCAAGUACAUCAUUUGAAAUUUCUAGUACAGGAAAAUACUCUAUUCCACCAGAGGAAGAAUCAAAGAAGUUGGAAUCUCCGAUUCAAUCAGGAACAUCAUCCGGAAGUUUAUUUAAAAUUUCGACUGCAGCUAAAGAUCGAAUAACUCAAGAGGAACUUACUGAAAUAUCGCAAUCUCUACCUCAAUCAAGUACAAUAUCAGGUAAAUCAUUUGAAAUAUCUAGUACAGAAAAAUACGAAACACCUACAGAAGACACAACAAGAUGGUCGGAACCUUCACCACAAUCAAAUUCUAUAUCUGGACAGUCUUUUAAAACUUCAAGCUCAAAGAAAUUCCAAAUAACUUCGGCGGUAAAAAGUAAACCAUCAAAAUAUUCGACACCUUAUAUGUCGGUUACAGAAAUUGGUCAAACAGCUCGAGAAGAAUUUAGCGAACUAUUUAAAUCAAGUCCAAUAUCAGCAGGUGUAACAGAAAGUGCAUUCGAGCAGUCAACAGUAAAGCAAUCAAAUCAAUACAGUACAUCUAGAAGUUCAUUUCAGAGUUAUAGUACAGAGAAAUACCAAAAAGUUUCAGAUGAAAAAACAAAACUGCCGGAAUCUCCGCCUGAGUCAAGUACAACAUCAGGCAGUUCGCUUCAAAUUUUGACUACACUUAAAGAUCUAGUAACUGAAAAUGAAAUUAAUAAAAUAUCGGAAUCUAUGCCUCAAUCGAGUACAAUAUCAAGAACAUCAUUUGAAAUUUCUAGUACUGGAAAAUACUCUAUUCCACCAGAGGAAGAAUCAAAGAAGUUGGAAUCUCCGCAUCAAACAAGAACAUCAUCCGGAAGUUUUUUUAAAAUUUCGACCUCAGCUAAAGAUCAAAUAACUCAAGAGGAACUUACUGAAAUGUCGCAAUCUCUACCUCAAUCGAGAACAAUAUCAUUUGAAAUGUCUAGUACGGAAAAAUACGAAACACCUACAGAAGAAACAGCACGAUGGUCGGAACCUUCACCACAAUCGAGUUCUAUAUCAGGACAGUCUUUUAAAACUUCAAGCUCAAAGAAAUUCCAAAUAACUUCGGCGGUAAAAAGUAAACCAUCAAAAAAUCCAACAUCUAAUAUGUCGGUUACAGAAAUUGGUCAAACAGCUCGAUUAGAAUUUAGCGAACUAUUUAAAUCUCAAUCAAGUGCAAUAUCAACAGGUCAGGUUGAACAGUCAAGUAUUCCUGCAUGUGAUUGUACCUGCCAAUUAAAGAAGGGAAUGGACUCAUGCAUCUGCGAAUGUAUUUUUAAAAGCAGCACUUCGGAAAGCACGAAAGGUGUAACAGAAAGUGCAUUCGAGCAGUCAACAGUCAACCAAUCAAAUCAAUACAGUACAUCUAGAAGUUCAUUUCCGAGUUAUAGUACAGAGAAAUACCAAAAAGUUUCAGAUGAAAAAACAAAACUGCCGGAAUCUCCGCCUGAGUCAAGCACAACAUCAGGCAGUUCGCUUCAAAAUUUGACUACACUUAAAGAUCGAGUAACUGAAAAUGAAAUUAAUAAAAUAUCGGAAUCUCUGCCUCAAUCGAGUACAAUAUCAAGUUCAUCAUUUGAAAUUUCUAGUACAGGAAAAUACUCUAUUCCACCAGAUGAAGAAUCAAAGAAGUUGGAAUCUCCGAUUCAAUCAGGAACAUCAUCCGGAAGUUUAUUUAAAAUUUCGACUACAGCUAAAGAUCGAAUAACUCAAGAGAAACUUACUGAAAUAUCGCAAUCUCUACCUCAAUCAAGUACAAUAUCAAGUAAAUCAUUUGAAAUAUCUAGUACAGAAAAAUACGAAACACCUACAGAAGACACAACAAGAUGGUCGGAACCUUCACCACAAUCAAAUUCUAUAUCUGGACAGUCUUUUAAAACUUCAAGCUCAAAGAAAUUCCAAAUAACUUCGGCGGUAAAAAGUAAACCAUCAAAAUAUUCGACACCUUAUAUGUCGGUUACAGAAAUUGGUCAAACAGCUCGAGAAGAAUUUAGCGAACUAUUUAAAUCAAGUGCAAUAUCAGCAGGUGUAACAGAAAGUGCAUUCGAGCAGUCAACAGUAAAGCAAUCAAAUCAAUACAGUACAUCUAGAAGUUCAUUUCAGAGUUAUAGUACAGAGAAAUACCAAAAAGUUUCAGAUGAAAAAACAAAACUGCCGGAAUCUCCGCCUGAGUCAAGUACAACAUCAGGCAGUUCGCUUCAAAUUUUGACUACACUUAAAGAUCUAGUAACUGAAAAUGAAAUUAAUAAAAUAUCGGAAUCUCUGCAUCAAUCGAGUACAAUAUCAAGAACAUCAAUUGAAAUUUCUAGUACAGGAAAAUACUGUAUUCCACCAGAGGAAGGAUCAAAGAAGUUGGAAUCUACGCUUCAAUCAAAAACAUCAUCCGGAAGUUUAUUUAAAAUUUCGACUUCAGCUAAAGAUCAAAUAACUCAAGAGGAACUUACUGAAAUGUCGCAAUCUCUACCUCAAUCGAGAACAAUAUCAUUUGAAAUGUCUAGUACGGAAAAAUACGAUACACCUACAGAAGAAACAGCACGAUGGUCGGAACCUUCACCACAAUCAAGUUCUAUAUCAGGACAGUCUUUUAAAACUUCAAGCUCAAAGAAAUUCCAAAUAACUUCGGCGGUAAAAAGUAAACCAUCAAAAUAUCCAACACCUAAUAUGUCGGUUACAGAAAUUGGUCAAACAGCUCGAAAAGAAUUUAGCGAACUAUUUAAAUCUCAAUCAAGUGCAAUAUCAACAGGUCAGUUUGAACAGUCAAGUGUUCCUGCAUGUGAUUGUACCUGCCAAUUAAAGAAGGGAAUGGACUCAUGCAUCUGCGAAUGUAUUUUUAAAAGCAGCACUUCGGAAAGCACGAAAGGUGUAACAGAAAGUGCAUUCGAGCAGUCAACAGUCAACCAAUCAAAUCAAUACAGUACAUCUAGAAGUUCAUUUCAGAGUUAUAGUACAGAGAAAUACCAAAAAGUUUCAGAUGAAAAAACAAAACUGCCGGAAUCUCCGCCUGAGUCAAGUACAACAUCAGGCAGUUCGCUUCAAAAUUUGACUACACUUAAAGAUCGAGUAACUGAAAGUGAAAUUAAUAAAAUAUCGGAAUCUCUGCCUCAAUCGAGUACAAUAUCAAGUACAUCAUUUGUAAUUUCUAGUACAGGAAAAUACUCUAUUACACCAGAGGAAGAAUCAAAGAAGUUGGAAUCUCCGAUUCAAUCAGGAACAUCAUCCGGAAGUUUAUUUAAAAUUUCGACUACAGCUAAAGAUCGAAUAACUCAAGAGGAACUUACUGAAAUAUCGCAAUCUCUACCUCAAUCAAGUACAAUAUCAAGUAAAUCAUUUGAAAUAUCUAGUACAGAAAAAUACGAAACACCUACAGAAGACACAACAAGAUGGUCGGAACCUUCACCACAAUCGAGUUCUAUAUCAGGACAGUCUUUUAAAACUUCAAGCUUAAAGAAAUUCCAAAUAACUUCGGCGGUAAAAAGUAAACCAUCAAAAUAUUCGACACCUUAUAUGUCGGUUACAGAAAUUGGUCAAACAGCUCGAGAAGAAUUUAGCGAACUAUUUAAAUCAAGUGCAAUAUCAGCAGGUGUAACAGAAAGUGCAUUCGAGCAGUCAACAGUAAAGCAAUCAAAUCAAUACAGUACAUCUAGAAGUUCAUUUCAGAGUUAUAGUACAGAGAAAUACCAAAAAGUUUCAGAUGAAAAAACAAAACUGCCGAAAUCUCCGCCUGAGUCAAGUACAACAUCAGGCAGUUCACUUCAAGCUUUGACUACACAUAAAGAUCGAAUAACUGAAAAUGAAAUUAAUAAAAUACCGGAAUCUUUACCUCAAUCGAGUACAAUAUCAAGUACAUCAUUUGUAAUUUCUAGUACAGGAAAAUACUCUAUUUCACCAGAGGAAGAAUCAAAGAAGUUGGAAUCUCCGAUUCAAUCAGGAACAUCAUCCGGAAGUUUAUUUAAAUUUUCGACUACAGCUAAAGAUCGAAUAACUCAAGAGGAACUUACUGAAAUAUCGCAAUCUCUACCUCAAUCAAGUACAAUAUCAAGUAAAUCAUUUGAAAUAUCUAGUACAGAAAAAUACGAAACACCUACAGAAGACACAACAAGAUGGUCGGAACCUUCACCACAAUUAAGUUUUAUAUCAGGACAGUCUUUUAAAACUUCAAGCUCAAAAAAAUUCCAAAUAACUUCGGCAGUAAAAAGUAAACCAUCAAAAUAUCCGACACCUAAUAUGUCGGUUUCAGAAAUUGGUCAAACAACUCGAAAAGAAUUUAGCGAACUAUUUAAAUCUCAGUCAAGUGCAAUAUCAACAAGUCAGUUUGAAGAGUCAAGUGUUCCCGCAUGUGAUUGCACCUGCCAAUUAAAGAAGGGAAUGGACUCAUGCAUCUGCGAAUGUAUUUUUAAAAGCAGCACUUCGGAAAGCACGAAAGGUGUAACAGAAAGUGCAUUCGAGCAGUCAACAGUUAACCAAUCAAAUCAAUACAGUACAUCUAGAAGUUCAUUUCAGAGUUAUAGUACAGAGAAAUACCAAAAAGUUUCAGAUGAAAAAACAAAACUGCCGGAAUCUCCGCCUGAGUCAAGUACAACAUCAGGCAGUUCGCUUCAAAUUUGGACUACACUUAAAGAUCGAAUAUCUGAACAUGAAAUUAAUAAAAUACCGGAAUCUCUACCUCAAUCGAGUACAAUAUCAAGUACAUCAUUUGUAAUUUCUAGUACAGGAAAAUACACUAUUCCACCAGGGGAACUAUUUAAAUCAAGUUCAAUAUCAGCAGGUGUAACAGAAAGUGCAUUCGAGCAGUCAACAGUCAACCAAUCAAAUCAAUACAGUACAUCUAGAAGUUCAUUUCAGAGUUAUAGUACAGAGAAAUACCAAAUAGUUUCAGAUGAAAAAACAAAACUGCCGGAAUCUCCGCCUGAGUCAAUUACAACAUCAGGCAGUUCGCUUCAAAUUUUUACUACUUUUAAAGAUCUAGUAACUGAAAAUGAAAUUAAUAAUAUAUCGGAAUCUCUGCCUCAAUCGAGUACAAUAUCAAGAACAUCAUUUGAAAUUUCUAGUACAGGAAAAUACUCUAUUCCACCAGAGGAAGAAUCAAAGAAGUUGGAAUCUCCGCUUCAAUCAAGAACAUCAUCCGGAAGUUUAUUUAAAAUUUCGACUUCAGUUAAAGAUCGAAUAACUCAAGAGGAACUUACUGAAAUAUCGCAAUCUCUACCUCAAUCGAGAACAAUAUCAAGUAGAUCAUUUAAAAUUUCUAGUACGGAAAAUUACGAAUCACCUACAGAAGAAACAGCACGAUGGUCGGAACCUUCACCACAAUCAAGUUCUAUAUCAGGACAGUCUUUUAAAACUUCAAGCUCAAAGAAAUUCCAAAUAACGUCGGCGGUAAAAAGUAAACCAUCAAAAUAUUCAACACCUAAUAUGUCGGUUACAGAAAUUGGUCAAACAGCUCGAAAAGAAUUUAGCGAACUAUUUAAAUCUCAAUCAAGUGCAAUAUCAACAGGUCAGUUUGAACAGUCAAGUGUUCCUGCAUGUGAUUGUACCUGCCAAUUAACGAAGGGAAUGGACUCAUGCAUCUGCGAAUGUAUUUUUAAAAGCAGCACUUCGGAAAGCACGAAAGGUGUAACAGAAAGUGCAUUCGAGCAGUCAACAGUCAACCAAUCAAAUCAAUACAGUACAUCUAGAAGUUCAUUUCAGAGUUAUAGUACAGAGAAAUACCAAAAAGUUUCAGAUGAAAAAACAAAACUGCCGGAAUCUCCGCCUGAGUCAAGUACAACAUCAGGCAGUUCGCUUCAAAAUUUGACUACACUUAAAGAUCGAGUAACUGAAAGUGAAAUUAAUAAAAUAUCGGAAUCUCUGCCUCAAUCGAGUACAAUAUCAAGUACAUCAUUUGUAAUUUCUAGUACAGGAAAAUACUCUAUUACACCAGAGGAAGAAUCAAAGAAGUUGGAAUCUCCGAUUCAAUCAGGAACAUCAUCCGGAAGUUUAUUUAAAAUUUCGACUACAGCUAAAGAUCGAAUAACUCAAGAGGAACUUACUGAAAUAUCGCAAUCUCUACCUCAAUCAAGUACAAUAUCAAGUAAAUCAUUUGAAAUAUCUAGUACAGAAAAAUACGAAACACCUAUAGAAGACACAACAAGAUGGUCGGAACCUUCACCACAAUUAAGUUUUAUAUCUGGACAGUCUUUUAAAACUUCAAGCUCAAAGAAAUUCCAAAUAACUUCGGCGGUAAAAAGUAAACCAUCAAAAUAUUCGACACCUUAUAUGUCGGUUACAGAAAUUGGUCAAACAGCUCGAGAAGAAUUUAGCGAACUAUUUAAAUCAAGUGCAAUAUCAGCAGGUGUAACAGAAAGUGCAUUCGAGCAGUCAACAGUAAAGCAAUCAAAUCAAUACAGUACAUCUAGAAGUUCAUUUCAGAGUUAUAGUACAGAGAAAUACCAAAAAGUUUCAGAUGAAAAAACAAAACUGCCGGAAUCUCCGCCUGAGUCAAGUACAACAUCAGGCAGUUCGCUUCAAAUUUUGACUACACUUAAAGAUCUAGUAACUGAAAAUGAAAUUAAUAAAAUAUCGGAAUCUCUGCCUCAAUCGAGUACAAUAUCAAGAACAUCAUUUGUAAUUUCUAGUACAGGAAAAUACUCUAUUCCACCAGAGGAAGGAUCAAAGAAGUUGGAAUCUCCGCUUCAAUCAAGAACAUCAUCCGGAAGUUUAUUUAAAAUUUCGACUUCAGCUAAAGAUCAAAUAACUCAAGAGGAACUUACUGAAAUGUCGCAAUCUCUACCUCAAUCGAGAACAAUAUCAUUUGAAAUGUCUAGUACGGAAAAAUACGAAACACCUACAGAAGAAACAGCACGAUGGUCGGAACCUUCACCACAAUCAAGUUCUAUAUCAGGACAGUCUUUUAAAACUUCAAGCUCAAAGAAAUUACAAAUAACUUCGGCGGUAAAAAGUAAACCAUCAAAAUAUCCAACACCUAAUAUGUCGGUUACAGAAAUUGGUCAAACAGCUCGAAAAGAAUUUAGCGAACUAUUUAUAUCUCAAUCAAGUGCAAUAUCAACAGGUCAGUUUGAACAGUCAAGUGUUCCUGCAUGUGAUUGUACCUGCCAAUUAAAGAAGGGAAUGGACUCAUGCAUCUGCGAAUGUAUUUUUAAAAGCAGCACUUUGGAAAGCACGAAAGGUGUAACAGAAAGUGCAUUCGAGCAGUCAACAGUCAACCAAUCAAAUCAAUACAGUGCAUCUAGAAGUUCAUUUCAGAGUUAUAAUACAGAGAAAUACCAAAAAGUUUCAGAUGAAAAAGCAAAACUGCCGGAAUCUCCGCCUGAGUCAAGUACAACAUCAGGCAGUUCACUUCAAGCUUUGACUACACAUAAAGAUCGAAUAACUGAAAAUGAAAUUAAUAAAAUACCGGAAUCUUUACCUCAAUCGAGUACAAUAUCAAGUACAUCAUUUGUAAUUUCUAGUACAGGAAAAUACUCUAUUUCACCAGAGGAAGAAUCAAAGAAGUUGGAAUCUCCGAUUCAAUCAGGAACAUCAUCCGGAAGUUUAUUUAAAUUUUCGACUACAGCUAAAGAUCGAAUAACUCAAGAGGAACUUACUGAAAUAUCGCAAUCUCUACCUCAAUCAAGUACAAUAUCAAGUAAAUCAUUUGAAAUAUCUAGUACAGAAAAAUACGAAACACCUACAGAAGACACAACAAGAUGGUCGGAACCUUCACCACAAUUAAGUUUUAUAUCAGGACAGUCUUUUAAAACUUCAAGCUCAAAAAAAUUCCAAAUAACUUCGGCAGUAAAAAGUAAACCAUCAAAAUAUCCGACACCUAAUAUGUCGGUUUCAGAAAUUGGUCAAACAACUCGAAAAGAAUUUAGCGAACUAUUUAAAUCUCAGUCAAGUGCAAUAUCAACAAGUCAGUUUGAAGAGUCAAGUGUUCCCGCAUGUGAUUGCACCUGCCAAUUAAAGAAGGGAAUGGACUCAUGCAUCUGCGAAUGUAUUUUUAAAAGCAGCACUUCGGAAAGCACGAAAGGUGUAACAGAAAGUGCAUUCGAGCAGUCAACAGUCAACCAAUCAAAUCAAUACAGUACAUCUAGAAGUUCAUUUCAGAGUUAUAGUACAGAGAAAUACCAAAAAGUUUCAGAUGAAAAAACAAAACUGCCGGAAUCUCCGCCUGAGUCAAGUACAACAUCAGGCAGUUCGCUUCAAAUUUGGACUACACUUAAAGAUCGAAUAUCUGAACAUGAAAUUAAUAAAAUACCGGAAUCUCUACCUCAAUCGAGUACAAUAUCAAGUACAUCAUUUGUAAUUUCUAGUACAGGAAAAUACACUAUUCCACCAGGGGAACUAUUUAAAUCAAGUUCAAUAUCAGCAGAUGUAACAGAAAGUGCAUUCGAGCAGUCAACAGUCAACCAAUCAAAUCAAUACAGUACAUCUAGAAGUUCAUUUCAGAGUUAUAGUACAGAGAAAUUCCAAAAAGUUUCAGAUGAAAAACUAAAACUGCCGGAAUCUCCGCCUGAGUCAAGUACAACAUCAGGCAGUUCGCUUCAAAAUUUGACUAUACUUAAAGAUCGAGUAACUGAAAAUGAAAUUAAUAAAAUAUCGGAAUCUCUGCCUCAAUCGAGUACAAUAUCAAGUACCUCAUUUGAAAUUUCUAGUACAGGAAAAUACUCUAUUCCACCAGAGGAAGAAUCAAAGAAGUUGGAAUCUCCGAUUCAAUCAGGAACAUCAUCCGGAAGUUUAUUUAAAAUUUCGACUGCAGCUAAAGAUCGAAUAACUCAAGAGGAACUUACUGAAAUAUCGCAAUCUCUACCUCAAUCAAGUACAAUAUCAAGUAAAUCAUUUGAAAUAUCUAGUACAGAAAAAUACGAAACACCUACAGAAGACACAACAAGAUGGUCGGAACCUUCACCACAAUUAAGUUUUAUAUCAGGACAGUCUUUUAAAACUUCAAGCUCAAAAAAAUUCCAAAUAACUUCGGCAGUAAAAAGUAAACCAUUAAAAUAUCCGACACCUAAUAUGUCGGAUACAGAAAUUGGUCAAACAGCUCGAAAAGAAUUUAGCGAACUAUUUAAGUCUCAAUCAAGUGCAAUAUCAACAGGUCAGUCUGAACAGUCAAGUGUUCCUGCAUGUGAUUGUACCUGCCAAUUAAAGAAGGGAACGGACUCAUGCAUCUGCGAAUGUAUUUUGAAAAGCAGCACUUCGGAAAGCACGAAAGGUGUAACAGAAAGUGCAUUUGAGCAGUCAACAGUAAACAAAUCAAAUCGACACAGUACAUCUAGAAGUUCAUUUCAGAGUUAUAGUACAGAGAAAUACCAAAAAGUUUCAGAUGAAAAAACAAAACUGCCGGAAUCUCCGCCUGAGUCAAGUACAACAUCAGGCAGUUCGCUUCAAAUUUGGACUACACUUAAAGAUCGAAUAUCUGAACAUGAAAUUAAUAAAAUACCGGAAUCUCUACCUCAAUCGAGUACAAUAUCAAGUACAUCAUUUGUAAUUUCUAGUACAGGAAAAUACACUAUUCCACCAGGGGAACUAUUUAAAUCAAGUUCAAUAUCAGCAGAUGUAACAGAAAGUGCAUUCGAGCAGUCAACAGUCAACCAAUCAAAUCAAUACAGUACAUCUAGAAGUUCAUUUCAGAGUUAUAGUACAGAGAAAUUCCAAAAAGUUUCAGAUGAAAAACUAAAACUGCCGGAAUCUCCGCCUGAGUCAAGUACAACAUCAGGCAGUUCGCUUCAAAAUUUGACUAUACUUAAAGAUCGAGUAACUGAAAAUGAAAUUAAUAAAAUAUCGGAAUCUCUGCCUCAAUCGAGUACAAUAUCAAGUACCUCAUUUGAAAUUUCUAGUACAGGAAAAUACUCUAUUCCACCAGAGGAAGAAUCAAAGAAGUUGGAAUCUCCGAUUCAAUCAGGAACAUCAUCCGGAAGUUUAUUUAAAUUUUCGACUUCAGCUAAAGAUCGAAUAACUCAAGAGAAACUUACUGAAAUAUCGCAAUCUCUACCUCAAUCGAGAACAAUAUCAAGUAGAUCAUUUGAAAUUUCUAGUACCGUAAAUUACGAAACAUCUACAGAAGAAACAGCACGAUGGUCGGAACCUUCACCACAAUCAAGUUCUAUAUCAGGACAGUCUUUUAAAACUUCAAGCUCAAAGAAAUUCCAAAUAACUUCGGCGGUAAAAAGUAUACCAUCAAAUUAUUCAACACCUAAUAUGUCGGUUUCAGAAAUUGGUCAAACAGCUCGAAAAGAAUUUAGCGAACUAUUUAAAUCUCAAUCAAGUGCAAUAUCAACAGGUCAGGUUGAACACUCAAGUGUUCCUGCAUGCGAUUGUACCUGCCAAUUAACGAAGGGAAUGGACUCAUGCAUCUGCGAAUGUAUUUUUAAAAGCAGCACUUCGGAAAGCACGAAAGGUGUAACAGAAAGUGCAUUCGAGCAGUUAACAGUCAACCAAUCAAAUCAAUACAGUACAUCUAGAAGUUCAUUUCAGAGUUAUAGUACAGAGAAAUACCAAAAAGUUUCAGAUGAAAAAACAAUACUGCCGGAAUCUCCGCCUGAGUCAAGUACAACAUCAGGCAGUUCGCUUCAAAUUUUGACUACACUUAAAGAUCGAGUAACUGGAAAUGAAACUAAUAAAAUCUCGGAAUAUCUGCCUCAAUCGAGUACAAUAUCAAGUAAAUCAUUUGAAAUUUCUAGUACAGGAAAAUACUCUAUUCCACCAGAGGAAGAAUCAAAGAAUACAGGAAAAUACUCUAUUCCACCAGAGGAAAAAUCAAAGAAGUUGGAAUCUCCGCUUCAAUCUAGAACAUCAUCCGGAAGUUUAUUUAAAAUUUCGACUUCAGCUAAAGAUCGAAUAACUCAAGAGGUUCUUACUGAAAUAUCGCAAUCUCUACCUCAAUCGAGAACAAUAUCAAGUAGAUCAUUUAAAAUUUCUAGUACGGAAAAUUACGAAUCACCUACAGAAGAAACAGCACGAUGGUCGGAACCUUCACCACAAUCAAGUUCUAUAUCAGGACAGUCUUUUAAAACUUCAAGCUCAAAAAAAUAUAUGUCGGUUACAGAAAUUGGUCAAACAGCUCGAGAAGAAUUUAGCGAAUUAUUUGAAUCUCCAUCAAGUGCAAUAUCAACAGGUCAGGUUGAACAGUCAAGUCUUCCUGCAUGUGAUUGUACCUGCCAAUUAACGAAGGGAAUGGACUCAUGCAUCUGCGAAUGUAAUUUUAAAAGCAGCACUUCGGAAAGCACGAAAGGUGUAACAGAAAGUGCAUUUGAGCAGUCAACAGUAAACCAAUCAAAUCAAUACAGUACAUCUAGAAGUUCAUUUCAGAGUUAUAGUACAGAGAAAUACCAAAAAGUUUCAGAUGAAAAAACAAAACUGCCGGAAUCUCCGCCCGAGUCAAGUACAACAUCAGGCAGUUCGCUUCAAAUUUUGACUACACUUAAAGAUCGAGUAACUGGAAAUGAAACUAAUGAAAUCUCGGAAUCUCUGCCUCAAUCGAGUACAAUAUCAAGUACAUCAUUUGUAAUUUCUAGUACAGGAAAAUACUCUAUUCCACCAGAGGAAGAAUCAAAGAAGUUGGAAUCUCCGCUUCAGUCAAGAACAUCAUCCGGAAAUGACAAAACAAAACUGCCGGAAUCUCCGCCUGAGUCAAGUACAACAUCAGGCAGUUCGCUUCAAAUUUUGACUACACUUAAAGAUCGAGUAACUGGAAAUGAAACUAAUGAAAUCUCGGAAUCUCUGCCUCAAUCGAGUACAAUAUCAAGUACAUCAUUUGUAAUUUCUAGUACAGGAAAAUACUCUAUUCCACCAGAGGAAGAAUCAAAGAAGUUGGAAUCUCCGAUUCAAUCAGGAACAUCAUCCGGAAGUUUAUUUAAAAUUUCGACUACAGCUAAAGAUCGAAUAACUCAAGAGGAACUUACUGAAAAAUCGCAAUCUAAACCUCAAUCGAGAACAACAUCAAGUAGAUCAUUUGAAAUGUCUAGUACGGUAAAAUACGAAUCACCUACAGAAGAAACAGCACGAUGGUCGGAACCUUCACGACAAUCAAGUUCUAUAUCAGGACAGUCUUUUAAAACUUCAAGCUCAAAAAAAUAUAUGUCGGUUACAGAAAUUGGUCAAACAGCUCGAGAAGAAUUUAGCGAAUUAUUUGAAUCUCCAUCAAGUGCAAUAUCAACAGGUCAGGUUGAACAGUCAAGUCUUCCUGCAUGUGAUUGUACCUGCCAAUUAACGAAGGGAAUGGACUCAUGCAUCUGCGAAUGUAUUUUUAAAAGCAGCACUUCGGAAAGCGCGAAAGGUGUAACAGAAAGUGCAUUCGAGCAGUCAACAGUCAACCAAUCAAAACAAUACAGUACAUCUAGAAGUUCAUUUCAGAGUUAUAGUACAGAGAAAUACCAAAAAGUUUCAGAUGAAAAAACAAAACUGCCGGAAUCUCCGCCCGAGUCAAGUACAACAUCAGGCAGUUCGCUUCAAAUUUUGACUACACUUAAAGAUCGAGUAACUGGAAAUGAAACUAAUGAAAUCUCGGAAUCUCUGCCUCAUUCGAGUACAAUAUCAAGUACAUCAUUUGUAAUUUCUAGUACAGGAAAAUACUCUAUUCCACCAGAGGACGAAUCAAGGAAGUUGGAAUCUCCGAGUCAAUCAAGAACAACAUACGGAAGUUUAUUUAAAAUUUCGACUACAGCAAAAGAUCGAAUAACUCAAGAGGAACUUACUGAAAUAUCGCAAUCUCUACCUCAAUCAAGUACAAUAUCAAGUAGAUCACUUGAAAUGUCUAGUACGGAAAAAUACGAAACACCUACAGAAGACACAACAAGAUGGUCGGAGCCUUCACCACAAUUAAGUUCAAUAGCAGGACAGUCCUUUAAAACUUCAAGCUUAAAGAAAUUCCAAAUAACUUCGGCAGUAAAAAUUUCGGAAUCUGAACGACAAUCAAGCACAACUGUUUCAAAAUCUUUUCCUCAAUUGAGUACACUAGCCAGUAGUUAUUUUCAAGCAUCGAGUACAGAACAAUACGAAAAAACUCCAGAGGAAAAUACUUCAUCGCCAACAAUAUCCAGUACUUCCGUUCAAAUGUCCAGUACCGAAAAGGAAGAGAGAACUACAGAGGAAGAAAAGGAAGAGAGAACUACAGAGGAAAAAUCUAAAUUUUCGGAAUCUCUACCGCAAUCAGAAAAGGAAGAGAGAACUACAGAGGAAAAAUCUAAAUUUUCGGAAUCUCUACCGCAAUCAAGAACUACAGAGGAAAAAUCUAAAUUUUCGGAAUCUCUACCGCAAUCAUCCAGUACCGAAAUGGAAGAGAGAACUACAGAGGAAAAAUCUACAUUUUCGUCAUUAUUGGAAUCAUCACCUCAAUCGCCUAAUAUAUCCAGUACUUACAGAAAAAUACGCAACAACUUCAGAGGAAAAGACUACAUUUUCGGAAUCUCAACCGCAAUCGAGUACAACAUUAUGGGAAUCAUCAUCUCAAUCGCCUCCAAUAUCCAGUACUUCAAAUCAGCACCUCAAUCGCCUACAAUAUCCAGUACUUCAGUUCAAAUGUCCAGUACCGAAAAGGAAGAGAGAACUACAGAGGAAUCCAGUAGUUCAGUUCAAAUGUCCAGUACCGAAAAGGAAGACAGAAGUUCCAGUACCGAAAAGGAAGAGAGAACUACAGAGGAAAAAUCUACAUUUUCGAUGUCCAGUACCGAAAAGGAAGAGAGAACUACAGAGGAAAAAUCUACAUUAUCGGAAUCUCAACAGCAAUUAAGCAUGUCCAGUACCGAAAAGGAAGAGAGAACUACAGAGGAAAAAUCUACAUUAUCGGAAUCUCAACAGCAAUUAAGCAGAACUACAGAGGAAAAAUCUACAUUAUCGGAAUCUCAACAGCAAUUA